AUGACUGUCACGAACGGCAUCCACAAGUCUGUGCCUUCGGCUUUGCCUUUGGUGCAGAAGCUCUCCAAGGACCAUGACUUGGUUCUUAAGACCUUCCGUCUGCUCAUUGCCGACUUGUGCCAGCAAUUCAGCGGUGGGCACCCUGGUGGUGCCAUUGGUAUGGCUGCAAUUGGCGUGUCUCUGUGGAAGUACGUGAUGCGCUACGCUCCCCACACUCCAGAAUUCUUCAACCGCGAUCGGUUUGUUCUUUCGAACGGACACACUUGCCUUUUCCAAUACAGCUUCCUGCACCUCACAGGCUACAAGGCCAUGACUUUCGACCAGCUCAAGUCCUACCACUCCGACCGGGUGGAUGCGCUGUGCCCCGGUCACCCCGAGAUCGAACAUGAGGGAAUCGAGGUCACAACAGGUCCUCUUGGCCAAGGUAUCGCCAACGCAGUCGGUCUUGCUAUGGCCACCAAGAAUUUGGCGGCUACCUACAACCGCCCCGGCUACGACGUUGUCAACAACCACACCUGGUGCAUGAUCGGCGAUGCUUGUCUGCAGGAGGGUGUGGGCCUCGAAGCCAUUUCCUUGGCUGGCCACCUUCGCCUGAACAACCUCACUGUCAUCUACGAUAACAACCAGAUCACCUGCGAUGGAUCUGUGGAUCUGACCAACACCGAGGAUGUCAAUGAGAAGAUGCGCGCAUGUGGUUGGGAUGUCAUUGAUGUUGAGGAUGGUUGUUUCGAUAUCGAGGGUAUCGUCCGGGCUCUAGAGCAGGGUCGCGCUGCACAGGACAAGCCCACUUUCAUCAAUGUCCGUACUGUGAUCGGUCUGGACAGCCAUGUGGCCGGCACUGCUGUUGCCCACGGUGCUGCUUUCGGUACCAAGAGCGUUGCCGACAUGAAGGCCCUCUAUGGCUUCAACCCCGAGGAGCACUUUGUCAUCGGUGAGACCGUUCGUGAGUUCUUCCAGGAUCUCCCUGCUCGUGGUGAGCAGUGGGUGCAAGAAUGGAAGCAGUUGGUGGCCGAUUACACUACCCAGUUCCCAGAGCUUGGUGCCGAAUUCCAGGCUCGUAUCAAGGGUGAGCUGCCCGCGGACUGGGAGAAGUUCAUUCCUGAGAGAUUCCCCGAGAAGCCCACGGCGACUCGUGCUUCCUCUGGUCUUGUUUUCAACCCUAUUGCCAAGGAGGUGAAGAACUUUAUGGUUGGAACCGCUGAUUUGUCGCCAUCUGUUAACAUGAUCUGGCCUGGCAAGGUCGACUUCCAGCACCCCGACUUGAAGACUAUCUGCGGCAUCAAUGGAAAUUACUCCGGUCGCUACAUCCACUACGGUGUUCGUGAGCAUGCCAUGUGUGCUGUCUCCAACGGCAUGGCAGCAUUCGCUCCAAACACUAUCAUUCCCGUCACAUCUUCCUUCUUCAUGUUCUAUCUAUACGCCGCUCCAGCCGUGCGCAUGGGCGCUCUGCAGCACCUCCAAGUAAUUCAUGCCGCUACUCACGAUUCCAUUGGCAUGGGAGAGGACGGUCCCACUCACCAGCCCAUUGAACUCGCCGCGCUGUACCGCGCCAUGCCAAACCUGCUGUACAUCCGUCCCGGUGACAGCGAGGAGACAGCCGGUGCCUGGAUUGCCGCCAUUGGAGCUAAGAAGACAUCCACAAUCAUCUCUACAUCCCGCCAGACUCUGCCUCAGCUGGCCAAUACUCGCCGUGACGGUGUCGCUCGCGGUGCCUACGUCCUCUCAGAAGAUGAUUCCGCGGCCUUGACUAUUAUCGGCGUGGGUGCCGAGCUCUCCUUUGCCCUGGAGGUCGCCGAGAAAUUGAAGGCUGGGAAGGGCAUUGCCGCCCGUGUAGUCAGUUUCCCCUGCCAGCGCCUCUUCGAGCAGCAGUCUCUCGAGUACAAGCGCAACACCCUCCGCCGUCACCGCGGCAUUCCUGCCGUUGUCAUUGAGCCCUACGCUCCCAACGGCUGGGAGCGUUAUGCCGAUGCCGGCGUCUGCAUCAAGCGCUUCGGUCACAGUCUUCCUGGAAAAGCGGCUUACAAGUUCUUCGGAUACGAUAUCGAGACAUUGACGGGCAAGGUGGCGGGCUACCUUGACCAGCUCAAGGGGGAUGAGUUGCUGCGCAAUGAGUUUGUUGAGCUGUAA